GUUCGCUGCCAGAAUGGAGUUCUUCGGUCGGCAAGGGUACGGCCGCGGCCAGGAUGCUGCGCGCUCCCUCGUUGAAGGUGCUGUGAUCGUGACGCCUGGUGUCUCGUUUGCAAAUGUUGGCCAGUUGACGGUGGAUCUACUGGUCAACUCAUUGCUUGUCCAAGAGGUCGAAAUGAAGCUGGUAGGGCACUUGUACUCCAAGCAUGUUCCCCCGAUGGCGGGAUCGUCGGCGUUUGCUACACAAUCGUCGUCUGGGCUGUGCUUGAACCUCGAGGUGUACGUCCUCUCGAUUCCAUCAAACGACCAUCUCGAAGACGCACCCAAGGUUGUGUUUGUGCAGCAGCGAACGUCCGUCAUUCAGGGCGAAAUCCAGGCGUUCUGCGACGAGUUUGCCGCGUGGGCAUCUGCCUGCCACGCCGCUCAAGUCAUCGUCCUGUCGGGUGUGGACAACAUGCUUCGACAUGACGUCAACAUGCACGAGCGCCGCAUUCAGUGGUUUUCCACCGACAAGCUGCCUGUAUUGAACGAACCGUUCUUGCAUCAAUUCCCUCCGUUGACUGUGGACGAAGGCGACUCCCUCGUUGACAAGCAAGACGUGUGGUCGAGCGUUCGCGGUGCUGGACUCGCCCCCAAGCUGAUCACGUCGAGCGCCGCCCACUCGAUCCCUGCGCUAGCGGUGCUUCUCCACUGCGCCGAAGGCAACAACGUCCCUGACGCCAUCCAUUUGGCCAGUUGCAUUGUGCAAUACCUCGGCCUCCACAACCAGAUCAAGUCGUUUCGGUUGGUCCUGCCUCCAUCAUGGGCACAACUGUACGGCCGCGACCCAGCGAUUGCGUUGUACGCCUAAGUACUUCGACAGCGUCAGGAAUUCCAUCCACGGACGGCGACGACUCCAUCGCCGGCAGAUCCCGUCAUCGUCGAUGGAACGUGUCAGCGUUUCUCGAUCGAGUCCACUCGUAGUGCCUGCACAGUUCCACGAUCCUUAAAGUCGCCAAAACGAUUCAUGUAUACAUGCAUUCCAUUUAUCA